GAAAAAACAUGAAGAAACAAAGUUUUAAACCCAUCUAACAAUCUCAGUUUGUACAAAGUCUUGUAUUUCAACGGAAACUACAUCUCCCAGAAUGCAAUGUGACGUGGCGUCACAUUACCUGCCUGACGUCGGCAGCCGGAGUUCCGCGUGUUCGGAUGUGUGGUUUAUAUCAUACUUGAAUGUGGAAUAUGAUGGAAACUCAAGGGGUUUCGUCGAUUAUAUUUGAUUUGGAUAACACGCUGGUCGACACAGCCGGCGCAGGGCGAAUUGCCAUUCAGAAGGUGUGUGAGCUACUGAAGUCGACGCAUGUGCAAGAAAGCCACAUCAAAGACAUCUGCGAUCACUUUUUACAAAAGCUUCUCCACGAAUCGUUCGACCCAUCAGAAGGAAAAACAAUAGAUGAUUUGAGGAUCCGUCACUGGUAUGAAGCCCUGCGGGAGACGCAGGGCACCGAUCCUGAUCCGGCUCUGGCCAGCAGCUGCUACUACACGUGGAAGAACACACGUUUACAGGUGCUGAGUCUUUCUCCUGAGGUUCGAUCUCUCCUGGAGGAACUGCGGAAGAACUACAAACUGCUUCUGCUUACCAACGGCGAUACUCAGACGCAGUGGGAGAAGAUCGAAGCGGUGAGAUGUGAAGGACUCUUUAGUUUGAUGGUAGUCGGAGGAGAUCAUCCUGAGCAGAAACCGGCUUGCUCCAUCUUCACUCGCUGCUUCGAGUCUGCAGGAGUUCGGCCGCAGGACUGCAUCAUGGUGGGAGAUUCUCUCAGCACAGACAUCCAAGGAGGCAUUAAUGCAGGUGUGCGGGCCACCGUGUGGAUAAACAGUCACUGUAAAUCUCUCCCGCAGGGCUCUGUGACUCCAGACUACACUGUUCCCAGUGUACUGAAUCUGAGGGAUGUUCUACUUGAACUGAGUUGAUGUUUACGUAAUUGCAAAAAUGCGAAGAUUUAUAUUAGCAACUUAAUGUUUUAAUCUUUAAAAAAAAAAAAAGAGUGAUUCUCUCUUGCAGUGGCCACCAUGUUGUCACAUGACCUGCCAAAUGACACUAAUUCUAAAUCUGUGGCAAUAAUAUUAACCUGGAAAUAAAUCGGUGUAAUUUGAGUGAUAAGUAGACAAACCACUAGAUGUCAGUUUUGUCAAUCAAGUUAACAAAACCAUAGUAAAAGGUAUUUGCGUAAUUACUGUUAGUUUAUUGAACAGGACAUAACUAAUUAGUUAUGUAGCCCUGUUCUAGAAACAUUAAACUGUGUUGUGUGUCUCGUUUAGAUUACAGUUGCAUUAAAAAGUGAAAAGUACAAAAUUAUUGGAAUUGUUAAUAUUAACAGAAAUAUUAAUAUUUGCCAGUACCUAAAAAUAAUUUAAAUUGUGGAAUAAACAACCAU